AUGACCGAAAGCAUGAAGAGCACUUCCUUUAUCAUCGAAUUUGGUGUAGCGACAGACAGGGUUAGCCCGGCGGGCAACAGCGGGCUUCGACGACCAUCCCGAUCACCGCGCAGUCAGCGUAGCCGCAGCGCGGACGUGGACUGCCUGAAGAAGUACACGGAGCGUCGCGUGGAGGAGCGCCGGCACACGGAGAUCAGCGACGUCGGCAAGCUGGACAUCUCGAAGUGGACGCCGCUGCCGAGAAACUUGCCGCGCGGCCAGCAAACCAGCCCCGGCAGCAGCAAGAGACUGUCACGGGACGAGCGAGAUAUCGCGGAGGACGAGCCGGAUGUCGAGAGGUGGCCAGCCAAGCCGAACGUCUCGGAGGAUCAUCGGCCCUCCGUCGUCAGGAUCGAGCCUGAGCUCCUCGUGCCGCGCCCGCCCGGCUCCAGGAGUCACAGCGCCGACGUGACCGCCCUGAGGGGCCACGACAAGCGCAGCAUCGAGCAGCGGAGGCACACGGACUGCAGCGACCCGCGCACCAUCGCCACGAGGUGGGUGCCGCAGAUCAACGGCGGCAAAUUUCGCCGUGAGUCGUCGCCGCUCGCGAGAGUCGACUGCGAGGUAACGAAGGUCUCGGCCAAUCGGUGGAUGACCUUCGCGAAAAACCCGUCCCCCGACCCCGUGCCGAAGGUGAGUCCCGAGAGCAGAGGUUCCAUCAUGGAGCGCAGCAAGAAGGACGAGGGACCGUGCAAGGACUCGGAUAACUCCAAGUGGCAGCCGCCGAGGAAGUUCUCGCCGGUGAAGGGCGAGAAGGGACAGUUGCAAAAGCAAGACGAGCUGGACAUAAGCAGAGACCGUUCCUCGAGCUGCGUCGAAGCUAACGACCGGACGAACAAGCUCAAUCAACGUAUGCGGGACCUGUACGAUUUCAAGACGGAGAACGAGUGGCCGAAGAGGGCCGGCAGUUCCCAGCGGGAAAACGUGUGGAUCAGCAAGAGUAGCAGCGAGGAGGAGAGGACCAACUAUCAGCCGGUCCGCCGGAACAGCCAGGACCUGGAGUUCAACGACAGGAUGAGCGGAUUCAAGUCCAAGGCCGAGCGCGAAGAGGAGAGACGAAGACCGAAGGACAACUGCAACGCGGCCGGCGACGUGUUCAUGGAUGAACACGAGGAGCGUCUGCGAAAGUUCACCGACAAGCUGCGCUACAGCGAGGACCGCGGCGCGGAACGGCCGCGAGGUCGCGAACGGCGCACCUACUCGGACGACUACGACGAGAAGGCCCGGCGGGAGUCUCGUAUGUCUCGCCAGCUCAUGGAGCCGCUGAAGAGGGACCGGCUCGAGACGCCUGCCAAGCGGGUGGAGAACAAAGAGAACAAACGGAACUCGGACGUGAGCGCGAGGUCGCGCGAGGGCCGCGUCAGCUACGUCGAGGUGGACCUCCCGAAGCGGGAGACGCGCGUCAGCGACGUCAGCUACGCCAGCGUAAACUUCAGCAAGCGCGGCAGCGUGGAGUGCAAGAGCACCCGGCAGAUCCUCGAGGCGCCGCCGCGGAGGGCCUUCAGCCAGAGCGACGAGCGACCCGCCACCCCGGUGCCGCCGAUCGAGUGGAACGACGAGCGUUUCGUCCCCAAGAAACUGCCGUCCGAACGGCAGCAGAAGAGGGACAGCACCAGGUACAAGGUGUACCUGACGUAGGGAACGCUCUCGAGGGCGGGCGUCUCGCGAAACGAUCGACGCCGUUGUCGCCUAUUUUCGGAGUAGUCCCCCUCGACGAAAUGAAAAUACAUUAUCCGGCUUACACGGGUGGCUGGAAGAUGGUGCGAAGUGGAGUCGUUGCGGCGGAGGCCGAUCGGAGGAUCGGUCGGACACUUUUGUGUCGGUGUGUUGAUUCAACGAGGUAGGAAGCUCGUACAUCCUCGCGGUUAGGAUUAACUUAUCCUGCUUGAAAAGGCCGAUAGAAGAUGAUAGAGAUAGAUUCGUAUCUUGUGAUGUUUCAUCAUAACCCGUCGUGCUUCGAUCCAACUCAUAUUCAGAAAUUCGACAGAUUCUCAUUCCUUCAACAGUCACGUCUUGCUUUCGAAUCGACAUUCUGCGAAUACGACUUCAAAAUUAUGUUCGGCACAUCUGAAAACCCUUAAUUACACUUUACACUCAGUGAUAAACUCACUUAGGUGUCUUAAUAUACGCAAAAUAUUUCAUGACGAGAAAAUGCAUUUUCGCGGCAGUGAACGCAAAAUCCAAGAUGACCAGAAUUCAUUGGCAGUCAAGGGGUUUAAAUAACUAAAAUCUCAUCUAAAUGUAUGUCUCUCUAUAUUACAUGUUGAUCUGUCUAACCCAAUUAAAGAAUUACAAUUCGAUAUCUAUAUGAAUCUACUUUAAUUGAAAAGAUUUCUAUUUUUUCCUAUAAAUAAUAUGUUAUAGAAAUGCAAUUUCUCUCUUAUUUCAUCGUUUAAAAUUACAAUGUGAGAUUUAAUUUUUAAAAAUAUAUAAUUUUUUUAUCGAUAAACAAGUAACUUGAACGGUAGGUUAUAUGUAGGAUAUAAGAAGAAAAAGAAAAUUUAUCGAAAUGUAUCAGAUAACAAAUCUCUCUCUUUCUCUUAAAUUUAAGAACCAAAAACACGAUUCGAUUAUAUUGACAUUUUACUCAUGCAAUUCUAUUGGAUUUUUUAAGCAGGGUAGAUCCGAUUCCCGCUGCAUAUACGCGCACGUCAAUCAUUCGCAUUUAUUUUGAGAACAUUUUAUGAGAAACGAAGAGAGAAUUCGGAACACUUAUGAAUAUUUCGUGUCCUCAGCUUUCUUCUUUCGCUGUUGAAUUUGGUAUUUAUAUCUUGUGAUGUGUUUAUCGUGUAAAAUAUAACGAGAUACGCAGACGUUGGUUACAAUUUGUUUUUAGUUGCCGUGACAAUUACGGUAAUAUGUUUGUAUGUGCCAGUCGGAUUAUUAAGUUUCUUCAGUUAUCAAGUAUUUAAUAUCCACUGGAAGCCAGGAUAUAGCCGUAAGACGAGACUGGAGCCUCCUACCUUACAAACACGAGUGGGGAUAUAUUGAUCUCUUCCCGCGAAUGAAAAAAAAAAAAACAAAAGAACAAUCGUUUCGCUCACUAUAGUGGUAAGUGCCAAAUACGUAUGUCAAAUUCGAUGUGCUGCGAUAUCCGAUGUCAAUUCUGUGUUGGACGGUGUCUGUCAUUUUUAUCAGAGCGAGGACUAGUGUCGAAUCUUGAAUUUUUACGAAGGCUGAACGUGUAACGAAUGUAAACGAUUCUCGAGGAGUACACGAUGGAAUUGUUGUCUCUUGAUAACUGUUAAGCAUUCAGGUGUUUGCUGUGUUCACCGUAGAAUAAACGCGAUAAACGGAUGGAUGUAUGAAUAAAGGAAACCAAAAAAAUUCGAUAUAUUCUGUUAUAUACAAGAUCUACAAUAAACUCGGCAACCAACCGGACACGGGGAGCCUGACACGUGA